CUGGCACAAAAUCCAGCGGACCAAUCAGAACACAGUCUGAUUGUUAGCAUGUCGCCUCCGCCAGGAGGUUCUUCUGGGAUUAAGCAAAAAACGAAAUCUAACCAGGACAUUUUAACGGAUAUUCUCGCUCACCUGAGGCAUUUAAAGUUGUACUAUUAGUGGGACAGUGUCUUAACCAAGAUGAACAUGUCAAUGCCGAGGUGGGAAAGAAAAGCACGCAUAUUUCUCUGCGUGCUCGGACUGUGUUUAUCUGUUUAUGCGCUUCACGUCGAGCUGUCCAAAGAGAGAAACCCAGAUUAUAGGGCGAUGUGUGACCUGGGGGAGUCUGUGAGCUGCUCCAAAGUCUUCACCUCCAGAUGGGGACGUGGUUUUGGCUUGGUCCAGUUCUUUUUUGACCAAGAUAGCCUUCUAAACCAGCCCAACAGUGUGCUUGGCAUCAUAUUCUACACUCUGCAGAUGGGCUCGGGACUGUCUUUGUCCAAGAAAGCAGCAAUGUUUUUGGUCUUCUCCUCCUGGGUGUCUGUUGCAGGCUCACUCUACCUUGCAUCCAUCCUCGCGUUUGUCCUGGGGGACUUCUGCAUGGUCUGCGUGUCCACAUACAUUGUUAACUUUGCGUUGCUCUUCACCAACUUGAAACGAAGGGGAGCGAUUGAAGGAUUGAAAGAAAAAGCUGGAUAGAAGGGUUACUUGUGAAAUUCAACACCUUUUUUUUCUGCUGGGCUGAAGCUGCACUGGAUGUAAAAGUCAAAUUCUCUGCCACAGUGUUUCUGGAUUGUUAGUGGCUCUUCAGACUUUUAAAAGAAACAGGGCUUGAGAUGCAUCUCAGAAGCUUGAUCAUAUGACUUUUUCCAACUUCCACUCAAUGUAGCUGGAUUUUUCUGUAUAAAUGUGCAUCUUUGAUAUGAUUACACACUUUGGAACACUAA